AUGAAAGCUGCACGUUAUUAUGGUGCAAAAGAUCUACGUGUAGAAGAAACACCUAUCCCUUCUAUUAACAAAAAACAAAUUAAAAUUGAAGUAAAAUAUUGUGGAAUUUGUGGGUCAGAUUUACAUGAAUAUUGUUCUGGUCCAAUAGUAAUUCCGAUAAACAAACCUUAUCCACUAACGGGACAUUGUGGUUGCACCACAAUGGGACAUGAAUUUUCAGGUGUGGUUGUUCAAGUAGGAGAUGAUCUUAAUCCUGAUAAUAUCAAGAUCGGUGAUCGUGUUGUAGUAGAGCCAAUGUUUAGAAAUCCAAAUAGUUUUUUUACAAAACGAGGCGAAUUUAAUCUAUCAGAGCCAGGAGGUGGACUUGGUGUAACUGGAAAUGGUGGAUUUGCAAAAUAUGUAGUUGCCGAAGACUAUAUGGUACAUAAAAUACCGGAUAGUAUGACCUUUGAACAAGGUGCAUUGGUGGAACCUGCUGCUGUGGCUGUGUAUGCUGUUAAAAACAGUGGCUUACAACUAGGAGAAACAUGUGUCAUCUUUGGUGCUGGUCCAAUUGGUCUAUUAUGUCUUCAAGCUGCAAAGGCUGUUGGUGCUGCUCGCACUAUUGUUGUCGAUAUUGCUGAAAAACGUCUUGAGAAAGCACGUGAAUUAGGUGCUACAUUAGUGAUCGAUGGGAAGGAGGAAAAUAUUGCCCAAAAAAUUAAAAGUUAUACCGAUGGUCUUGGUGUAAAUGUUUAUUUUGAUGCAGCCGGUGUACAAUCAACAUUUACAACAGGUAUUGCGUCUUUGAGAAAAGGUGGAAAAGCUGUAUUAGUUGCAGUAUUUGAAAAACCAGUAACAUUGAAUGCAACAGAGCUGGUCUUUCGCCAGAUAACUAUUCAAGGAACUCUUGGUUAUCGACAUAUAUUUCCAGAAGUAAUUAGACUUAUUGAAAGUAAACAAAUGGAUGUUGAACGAAUCAUUACAAAGAAAAUCAAGUUAGAUGAUAUUGUCAAAGAUGGAUUUGAAGCUUUAUUAUCCAAUCCUUCGGAAAUUAAAAUUUUAAUUGACAUUGAUGCUAAUUAA